AUGAUUAUGAAGCUUUUUGUUUUUAUAGUCACUUUAAUUGCUUCAGAAGAAUUUUUGAAAGAAUUCGGAACUAUUUACUUAACAGUCAAUGAAUCAAAGACACUAAAGCUUCAUGAUUAUUACUCCUUCAAUGAAAUAGACUUCUAUAUAUCAAACACAAACAUGACUGAAAAUGAUAUAAAAUUGAAGCACAACUCAUCUUUAAAUUUAAUUUCACACAUUCCAUCGAAAGUUGCAAAGAGUUCUCAGUGUAGUACUAAAAUAAGUAAAAGAUUUGCUUUUAUUAACUUAUUAGAAGGUAUUUUUUUUACUCGAUACUUUGGUAAUGAAAUUUUUGGCUACUUUUUAGAUAAAAACACUGAAAAAUUAGAAGAGCUUUGAAAAAUAAGCAUAAAUCAAAACACAAUUUAUCAAGUGACUAUAAUUCGUGAAACUUUUUAUUAUCUGAUUUUAGCGACAAAAAACACUCUACAAGAAAACGAAAUAUAUGUCAUAAGUAUUGAAGAAAUGAGAAAGCCUGGAAUACCCUUCAAAUUAGAACUUUGGGAUAUCAAAUAUUUAGAAGAGUUAAAAAUAUCAACUGUAAGUCCAGCAAAGCGCGUUAUGGCUAUAUUUGGGCGAUUUAAAAGUGGAAGACAAAUAGUAUUUUUAUAUAAUGUUUCAUAUUCAAAAUCUGUUCAUUUGAUUUAUUCGUUUGACUACUAUAUAGGCUCAGGAGAUCAUGAAAAUGCUGAUCUUAACAUCGUUGGAAUUAUUUUAAUUCAUUCUAAACUGUUAUUAUUGGACUCAAAAUUGGGAUUAUUUAUAUAUGAUUUUCUUCCACAGUAUUUGAAUUUCCAUUAUAGUAGUUUCAUUGAUUUGAGAAAAUAUGGAACAUCUUAUAGUAUGCAUCUAACCGAGAAUAAUAAGAAUUCUCUGCCUUUAACUGUUUCCACAGACAUUGGAGUUGUAUUUAUUUCGCAGUAUAGCUCAAAUAUUGAAUUUCAUUGGAUUAAUACAUAUGACGCAUUUGGCUUUCUGGCAUCGAUUCAGUAUGCUAUAAGUCAACCUAAUUGAAUGUUUUCACAAGCAGAAAUAAAUACACAGCGCAAUAUUACCCAUAAUUUAAGAUUAAAUAAGGUAAACCCUAUCUUAGGAUGGUAAUUUGUGUGAAGUCCAUAAUUCCUAUUAUUUAAUGGUUUAUGAGGCUUCUGAAAUAUGAAACAGACAUUCAUACCAAAAUAUAGUGAAUUUCAAUCUGGAUAAUAUUAUUGGAGAAAGUUUCGAUCCAUAUGGUGAGUGAAUGAUUUGUAUAUUCAAAAACAAAAAGUUUUAUAUAAGAAAUGACUAUGAUGGAAUUAAGCUCUUUUUACUUGAAGCUGAGGAUUGAAGUAUGGAAAUAUGAGGAAACCACUCAUAUUAUAUUGAAAUUAUUGGAAAAUCUAAUCACAAAGCAAAAAAAGGAGUUAAAAAGUCUCUUAAUGUUAUAUCGCUACCUAUUGGCUCUUAUGAAAUUUAUAAGAAUCCGAAUUAUCCAAGUCCAUUGCUGAUGGAAAUAUACAUAGACUAUGAAUAUCAUACCGAAAUCCAGCUUAGUUCUAUGUUUUCUGGACCCAAUCUCAUUUAUUCUAUAGAAAAUAUAAAUAUGCCAGACAAUUUUUUCGCUAAUUUUUCUAUUUCAGAAAGCAAAAUUCUGGUCAAUGAAAUUAUUUUGCCGAAAAAUGUAGAAAUGAUCAGGCUUGAUAUUGAUCACAAAUCCAUUGCCUAUAAUAUUAAAAAUGAAAUUUUCUUUUCUAAUUUGGAUAAUAUGAAUCGAAUUACAGUUUUAUCAAAUCAUUCAAAUGUAUAUAAUUUUUUAUUAGUUAUUGCCUAUCCUACUAUGAUUGCUGUAUUUGAAACUGAAAAUUCAGCUAGCAUAAUAUCUCUAUGUUCAAUUUAUUCAGAGUUUGAAGAAGAAAUAUUAUGUCGCAAAACAUAUUUGAAGACAAUAUGCAAUUUUACCAAUUAUUUGCGCUUAGGGGCCCUCUAUAUCAUAUGCGCAGAUCACGAAUCAAUAUAUAUUUAUAAUGUUGAAAAUGAAAUGCAUGAAGAGAUAAUUAUAAAUAAGGAGCUAUUAAAUCUUCGAGAAAAUCUAUCUAUUAUUGAUAUCAAAUCGUUCGGAAAUAUUCAGGCAUAUCUUCUUAAAUUACGUAUUUCCAUACAUUGCAAUUAUGGAAUCAUUCUUGUUGAAAUAGGUUUACCUGGUUGAGAUGUAAAUUAUAAAAUUAUUAAUAAUUUUUCAGGAAAAAUUGAAGCAAUAGCAUCAUCUUUAGACUAUAUAUAUAUCGCUUUUUCUGAUAGCACAAUAGGCAUUUAUGACGUAUUUCUUCAACAUAAAGUAACUUUAGGACCUCAUAUUUCUGGGGGUGUUAAAUAUAUAGAUUCAUCUUUGAAUAUAUUAUCUCUACAGAUUGGUAAUAGAAUUGCUAUAUAUGAUUGAAAUAAAUCAAUCCAUGACUCUUUGCUGCACAGUUUUACAAUAAAAGACUCGUGCAAAUUGAUAGCUAAUGGGUUAAUAUCAUUUAAAUCUCCAUAUAUCCCUAUUCUUUGUCAAUUUUCUGAUAAAAAUGUUAUGGAAUUGUAUCAACUUAAAUGCAACACAAAUAAAGUGCUUCAUGAUUGCUUUUCUCUUGCUUUCAUAAAUUUAAAAAUUAAUCAAAAUUCAUAUAUUGAGAAUGAAGAACAAGAAGGAUCAAUUUCAAUUUUUGCAAAAAAUGAAUAUUAUCAGUCGAAAUCUGAAAUAAAAUUUAUUUUUCACACAAAUGCAAGCCUUAGUGUAAUCUGGAUUGAUAACAGAAAAAUUGAGAAAAAUUUGAAAAUUCCAUACAAUAAAAAAGAAAAAAUUGAUUUAAGUGAAGUUUUUCACGGACAUGAUGCCAAAGUUUCUAUGUUGAUUAAUAAUAGAACCUAUGAAAAUACAGAUAAUAAUUAUUUUCCUGCAUAUUUUAGACAAAAUUUUGAAGAAAUUGUUUCAAUUCAACUGCCAACUUGUGACAAAUCUUCAGAUCAAGUUUUGGUAGGAAGUAAGCUAAUUGUGACUGCUGCGAGUGAAUUUAUUAUUUUUGAUACUAGUUAUGAGGCUCCAAAGGUUGAUGCAAUAUUAAAUUUUAAGGAUUAUAUUAAUGCAAAUAUUGCAAAUUGUAAAGAUUUAGAUGCAAUUCAAAUUGAUGAGAGCAUUAUUUUAAUAUUUAGUAUCUGUUUAUAUGGACAGAAUUUUACACUAUUCUGGAAUGAAAGAGAAACAUUGUUUUUUAAAAAUGGAAUAAAUAGUUUGCUGAUAAUUGAAUAUGAUUUUAUCAAGAAGAUUUCUUUAAAAACUAAAAUUUUAAAUUCAAUUCCCUCCUUCCUAGACGUAAAAGCUGUUAAAUUAAACAACCAUAGAUUUGAAAUAUUUUUAUACGAAUCAUUUAGCAAUGGCCUAAUUAAUCUUAACAAUUAUAUUCUCAGAUACAAGGGUACUUUAGAAGAAAAUGCUAUAUUAGUUGAAAAAUCUGAAAGAAUCGAUUUUUUCUCUCUAGAAAUUAGCGAAUUUUCUAUUAGCGCAAUAGAUUUCGUCCUUUCAAAAUUUGGUCCGCUUUACUUAUAUAUCAUUGACGAUUUAUAUGGAUUAGUGAUCAUACAAGUUUAUGAUACACUUCCAGCCAAAAUUGUUGGAGGCUUAAAGCACCCUGAUUCAAGUAAAUUCGCUUCUCUUUGCAUUUGCCAAAACAAUUUAUAUAUUGUAACUAGAACAAUAAAAUUAUAUGAAUAUUCUAUCAAUGAAACUUUAGAUAUAAAGCUCAUAAAAUCAUUUUAUCCAGGUCCAAAAUUAUCAAUCGAUUGUAUGAUGUAUAGCAAACUCUUAUUGUUCCAAGAAGACUGCAAAUAUAUCAUUUUCGCCAAUUUAGAUAUUAGUUAUGCGUUCUUGUAUGUAUGAUAUAGUGACCAAUAUUUUGACUUUUCAUUGAGAAAAAAUGAUGAUGUUUUAAAAUUUAAUGGUGUAUUUUUAAAAAAUAAUGCAAUUGCAUAUUUAGACACAUUGGAAUCAAAAUUAAAGAUAUAUUCCUUAAAUAGUAGAUUUAUUGAAAUUCCAGCAAUGAGUAAAGAAAAUUAUGAAAGCAUUGUGGAAAAAUGAGGGACUGACGAAUUCCAAAUUCAGCUGUGCAUGGAAAAUCUAGACCAAAAAGUAACUUCAGAAGUAAUGAUAUUGAAAAGGAGCAUAAAUGAAAACGAAUUUUUAGUUACUUGAUGAAUAUGACUUUUAAUUUGUUGUGCAGUAACUUUAGUUAUUGCUAUGUUUGCAUGUGUUUUUAAUAAAUAUAAAAAGCGCAAUAGCAGAAAGAUCAGCAUUAAAGAUGAAGGAGUAAUGAUUGAUUAGGAUUAUUUAAUUCAGGAGCUAGCCAUAUUGGUGACGCAGUCACUAAAGACCUCCCAUACGUGAGGUUCUACCAUUUUUCAACUCCAGCCCAGAGGGUCUAUAUACCUAACGGGCGCCACUCUCCUUAUGUCUUCAUUUCCAAUCACAGGAAAGCAGCCAAACCACUCUGAUACACAUCUUCAGAGGAUGCACUUUAUUCUUGACUCAGAGUCUGUCCCAGUACACCGCUUCCAUAAGGUUUGGACUAUUGCGCCAAGAGGGCAGGCAAGCAUUUGUUACCAUUUUAAUUUUAUAUAGGAUUGCUGAUGGAAGAAAUCAAAUAA